GUGGCUCUCGGCAUGGCCACCCGGCCGCCGCUCGGGCCGCGGAAACGGAGCGGUCCCGCGCUGUGCGGGGCGAGCUGGCCGCGGGGCAGCGCGCCGGCCGCCGCGCUGGGGAACGGCUUCCCGCCCAGCAAACGCCCCAAGGGGCCGGCGGAGGUCGGGGCGGAAGAAGAUCCCUUCGGGGACAACGACGACUUCACGGCGGACGACCUGGAGGAGAUCGACACGAUCGCUUCGCAGGCGCUGUCGCAGGACGCCGGCGGACGAGGCCCGGCCCCGGCGAGCCGCCCGCACGGCGCGUGGAGCGGCGCCGCGGAGCCCGGAGCGGGCGGCGGUGCGGACGGCGCUCAGCUGCGAGGGGCGUUCCAGCUGCAGGUGCUGCAGGCGCAGCACGAGGACGCCCGGCGGAAGCUGAAAGAAAUGCAGGAUGAAAUUCUUACUAAAAAUGGGGAAAUCAAAAUGUUGCGUGACUCAAUGCAGCGGAUGGAGCACACUAUGGAUGAGCAGAGAAGGUCGUACAUGCUGUUGGAACAGCAACAAUCUCAGGCCCUUGGUGAAAAAGAGAGAGAGUUCUCCAAAAAGUUACUGUCACUGCAGUCAGAGUUGCAGUUCAAAGAUGCAGAAAUGAAUGAAUUAAGAACGCGGCUUCAGAACUGUGAAAGACACAAACACUCAGCUCAAACGGUUGUGCCACAAAGUAGCCCUAAAAAGAAUUUUACAGUCCAGAUGAAAUCAGAAGGGUGUCCUCUGCAGCCUGGAAAAAGGUCUUUUCCUACAAAAGAGUCUUUCAAUGCUGAAACAGCUGUCAGACCCUCUUCUUCUUCUUCAGGAAAUUGUUUUGCACAGACGGUUUCCAGCAAGGAAGAUAGUAAGAUGCCCCAUCCUGAAUUGUCAUCCAUAAAGCAGGAAGCAAUGGGAAGGAAUGGUUCUUGCAAUUCUGUACCUCGUCGGAGCAUUCAAGAGGAUGGAAGAGCCACUCCAAAGGCAAUCUCUCCAGGUUCCGCCUUGCUGAGCGCCCUGCUGAAGCAGCCCCUUGUCUCUGGGUCCCUGCUGGGACUUUGCCAUCUUCUCAGCAGCAGCGCUGAGGCUCUGCCAGGAGCUGUGCUGCAGCCCGACCUUCUGCAGACGCAGCCCACGCAGACGCCUGGCACCAGGGCAGCCCCGGAAGAAGUUGCUCCUCUUGUGUCCCUGCAAGAAGCUCAGAAGCUCGCGGUGACAGGGCUGAACUUGAUCGCUAUGGACGAAGGGCCGUGCGAAGGGAGCCCUGCAGGGAGCGGGAGCGAGGUGUUGUAUUUGAAACGCUGCAAGAUCCGAGGAGCUGUGCACCUCCUGCCCUUGGUGGAACACCACAUCGCUGCUUACUGCCGCGCGGUGCAGUCGGCAGACAAGUCAGUAAAUGCUUCUUGUGGAAACCAUGCAGUCGUUUCUGCCAGAACCAACACAAGUAAGGUGGCGAGUAAGGAGGACUUCAGGUUGUCUCUUGAAGAAGCAACAGUUCUGUCGCUAGGCAUUCUUUAUUAUUUGGCGUUUUAUAGCUGGGACGUUGUCCACGUGUUGCUGGCUAACGAGGUGGAAGAAAGUUCUGCUGUUGGAGAAGAACAGCUUUCCAAGACAGACAGAACUGCGCUGUGUGAUAAUAAAGAAGAGGACAGGACACGAGGAGGGCUGCCUGACGCUCCGCAGGAUGCUGACAGUAACGUUCAAGCACAACACUCUUUGUUCAGGAAGCUGCUCCAGGUUUUAGCUUUUUCUGCCACCGCGGGCUCCCAGAUGGAUUGCAUCCUGCAGCACAGCCUGAAGGUUCUGGUAAAACUGGCUGAAAACUCAACGGUGGACUUGCUAAUCAAUUUUCAGCACCUCCUGAGCCACCAGGUGCUGCUCCGUGUCCUGUGCCCAGCUGUCCCUCUGCACACAGUUCUUCUGACCGUGAAGCUGCUGUCCAUACUUGCACAACACCACCUGCUGGUUGCUCAACUUUGCUCCCAUUCAGAUAGCUGCCUUCUUCUUGCACUGUACAUGUACAUCACAUCAAGACCGGACAAAUCGGCCUCUGACGUGCAUUGGCUGCAGCUGGAGCAAGAGGCAGUCAGGCUCCUGACCCGGUGCGUGCGGUUCUCCAGCCCAACAGUUUUACCCCCUGCUGCACACUGCCAGUGUAAUCUGGAGGUGGUUAAGGCACUAAUAAUAAUGUUACACAGACAGUGGACAAAGAUUAGAAGAUUUGAGAGCAGCUUGUGUGCACAUAAGGAGCAAGUCAUUCAGUUCUUAAGGGACGCUGUCCUACUCUUACACAGCCUGUGUCAGAAAGACAAACUGUUUCAUGAGCACUGUUUGGAAGUGCUCCAUCAGUAUGACCAAGCCAUGCCAGGCAUUAGAGCCAUCCUCAGAAAAACCAAAAAGCUGAGCGCCUGCGAAGAGCUGAUCUUGGAUGAAUUGUACCCUCCUGAGCCAGAAGCAGAAGAUCAGGACUCCAGUUAGCCAUGUGACAGUGAUCUCUGCCCGUACUUCAGUCAUCGUAAUCACUGCCAGAGUAAAUCUGAUCUAAAUCAGCAAUUCUCCAAAGUGAUAACUCAAAAGUUGCUCUCCAAUGCACAAGUAAAACACGAUUCUUUGUUGCAGUUAUUCUACCUAAGUGCUGUCCAAAUGAAAACAAGGAAAUUGUGAUGUGAGGACAAAAAUAACACUGCCAUGUACUGUUUUGCUGUGCAAAACCACUGGAAGGAUGAACUUAGGAAUGGUUCUGUUUAUGAGCAUCGCCCUUCAUGAAGCUGCUGUGAAUGGAAUGGAAACCUUACUGUGUGUUUCCCAUUUACUGUGACUACAGCUGCAUUUAUGCUGGUUUAUGAUGCUGAACGUCCUGGGACGUUUGGGGUCACUGAGUUCCUAUGCAAGUCUUGUGACAAUAUUUGUUGUUUCUUUUGUAGCUGUACCACUUCCUUGCUUGAGCCUUUUGUGUUGAAAUUAGUAAAUUGUUUACUGUGACUUUUUAAAAAAUAAUGGCAGAAAUAA